GAGCUGUUCCCAUUCUUCUCUCUUCUGCAGGCAGGACUCAGCUGCAGUCAGGAUGGCAGAGAAAAAGAUGUCAUCGAGCCGGAGGAAUCACCUCAAGAGCUUGCUGCUGCAGAUCGCAGAGAAGAUGCUGGCGGAGGAGGCGCAGAACGACGAGAAGGAGAAGAUGGAUUACAUGGAGGAGAACUGCCCCGCCCUGUCCGUGCCGGGCUGCAUGCAGGAGCUCCAGGAGCUUUGCCGGAAACUUCACAAGCAGAUAGAUUUGGUGGAUGAGGAGCGAUACGACAUGGAGACCAAAGUGAAAAAGUCCAACAAGGAGAUCGACGACCUGAAGCUGAUGGUCCAGGACCUGAAGGGGAAGUUUAAGAAGCCGGCCCUGAAAAAGGUGCGGAUGUCAGCCGACGCCAUGCUGGCAGCUCUGCUGGGCUCCAAACAUAAAGUGUCCAUCGACCUGAGGUCCAACCUGAAGCAGGUCAAGAAGGAGCUGAAAGAGGAGGAGAAACAAACAGGCGACUGGAGGAAGAACAUCGAGGACAAGGCCGGGAUGGACGGCAGGAAGAAGAUGUUCGAGACAGAAGCUUAAACAUGUUGACCAGCGUCAUUCAUUUCAUUUCUGUGUUAAUAUGUGAGUCCAUGUUGUUGGAAAGUUGUAUAAAUGACAAAAAGAAUAAAUCAUGUGGUGCUUUUGUGUGUUUCAGGACGAUAAUUCAAUAA